CCAACGACCACUACAUUCUUCUUUCGCGCGCCUCUGCUCUACGCCUGCCAUUGUUGCUCUGCCCACCGAAAUUGGACAGUCCGACACCAGCAGCAGCUCCGGACAAUCCGCACAAUACUCGUCCGGAAGAGACGCUGGGAACUGACGCAGCACCGUGCCGUCACCCUCCCUCGAAACCCCCGACUGUGGAAUACGAGACGUUGCGGUCUCGAAGCUGUCCACAAUUCAUUGGGUCCAUUUCUCCCCCGCGCCUGUCAACCGUCGACCGGGAGAGCAUUGCUCAAUUUGUCAACGACAGCAACCCCUUGGGAAAAUUCUAGUGUCACGAAAUUUCUGAUGAGGUUUGGCCUAGAUAAUUGAUAAUGUCAACUAGAUCCGAUCACCUGGCCAUUGGUUACCCGCCCCAAUCUGCCACACAGAACCGGUCCACUUCACCAACCGCCAACAACACAUCUCCCAUUGACCCGACCGCUGGCUCAUCUGUCAGAUCACCAUUCGGCCUGCCAGGCGGUUUGAACCACUCCAGCAAGAUGGCUAGCGCCUCGCGAUCAGGGGCUGGCUCUCCAUCGCACGAGAUGCCCGGCUCCAGCAGGCUGUACUCCAAGAGAGCCCGCGAGAUUCAAGCUCAAGAAGGCGUCCCCGGAUUGCCGGUAAAUCCCUGGGGCGGUCCGCCGACCAGUGGCAACUCUACGCCCCUCCGCGAGAAUAUCCCCGAGUCGCCAACCGAUGGCUUUCCUGACUUUGCUCAACUUCCCACUCCCGAUUCUAUGCCUCAGGCGAGACGUGCCCGUGCUGGAACCGUGCCAUCGCGGUUUUCGCCCGGUGGUGUAGGCAAUGGCCUGCUCAACCUUCCGGCCAUGGCCCCCAAGUCAUCCCGGCCAACCCCGUCCCACAGCCCGUUUAAAUCUCCUUCUCCCGGUCUCGAGCCGGUUGACACGGCUUCCAACAACUCUGCUCUGCUCUCCCGUCUCCGCGCAGGAUCAAUGCCUCAGCGGAGCCCUUUCGCCCAGAUUCCAGGCACCAGCUCGCCCUUUGGUCCAUCCAUUUUCAGCAGUUGGAACCCUACCGGGACCGGCCGCGAUAGGGGUAUGACUCUUGCGAGCAUUGCAAGUAUCGGCUCGACCAACGGGCCGAGCUCGCCUACGCAGUCCCAGAUUUCCAGAGAGGGUGGUGGAGAAAGCGAUGUUCAUAUGAGAACGCUGGACUACUUGGGACUUGCUGAGACGCCGCAGCCACCCCGCGCCCAGUUGGCAACACCGUACAUUCCGAGCUUCAACGACUUUACUAAGGCUAAUCGUUUCCGCUCGUACUCGGUCAACAACAAGGACAAGUAUGCUGACGAGGAGGAUGAUGAGUUUGAGGACAUGACCCUCGAGAGUCAGUACGUCGCUCAUCUUCAGGAUCAACUCGCAGCCACGAACGCCGCGAUCCACAACCACAAUUUGGCCGUCCAGGCGUUUGCCAACCAAGCCACGCGCCCUCGCGCCCGAACUGCCGGCGUCCUCGAUACCCCUGGCUCUCGCCUCAUGCGGACCUACAUGUCCGGUAACGGCAUGGGUAAUGCCGUCCCUCCCGCAGAGAUCCGUCUGCCGGACGAGAAGGAGUUUGACGACCUCCCGCAAGCUGUGGCUGCUAUGAACCUGGGAAGGUCAAGCAGCCGCAACGCGGGACUGCUCAACGCUGAGGAUCAGGGUCUCGAGGGCCCUACCAGCGCCCUCUGGCUCGGUAGCAUCCCGACUUCCACUACCACAUCGACUUUGACAGAGAUGUUCAAGCAAUACGGUCCCAUUCUGUCUGCUCGUGUUCUCACGCACAAGAACUGCGGUUUUGUGAACUUCGAGCGGAUGGAGAGCGCCAUUACCGCGAAGGCCAGCAUGAAUGGAAAAGAGAUCUUCCCUGGAGCGGGACCCAUUCGCAUCAACUUUGCCAAGCCGCCUUCUGCCUCGAACACGCCCGGCCAUGAUGGCGUUUUCCCCUCGCCCAGCCCCGACCCGUUCGCGAAGAACCAGGACAAUGUGCAAAAUGCUACCCCGGGUGCUACCGGCGAGAACGCAAACGCGUCGGCCCAGUCGGCUAACGCUGCUCCCGUUGUGCCUCCUCUGUCAGAAAUGACGAGCGAUAUCAUGCGCAUCGUGAAGCAGUUCCAGGCCACCGAGGAGGAUGCUGCCAAGAUCUUCCGCAGCCUCCAGUCAUCGAUUUCGUUCACCAACUUCAUCGACGAGAUCCCCCCCAUCCGGGAACCGGCCCACACGCGGGUCCACGACGCCCCGAGACUCAGAGACAUUAGAAAGAGGAUCGAUAACCAGAGUCUGUCUCAGGCUGAGAUCGAGACAACCGCUCUCGACAUGCUGCCAGAAAUUGCUGAGCUGGCGUCCGACUACCUUGGCAACACUGUUGUACAGAAGCUCUUUGAGCACUGCUCCGACGACCUUCGGGACGCCAUGCUGGCCGAGAUCGCUCCUCACAUGGCGGAAAUUGGCGUGCACAAGAACGGCACCUGGGCUGCCCAGAAGAUUAUCGACGUUUGCAAGACCCCGCAUCAAAUGAAUUUGAUCGUCGAGCACCUCAGACCUUACACCAUUCCUCUUUUCCUGGACCAGUACGGCAACUACGUUCUUCAAGGCUGCCUUAAGUUCGGUGCUCCUUUCAAUGAUUUCAUCUUCGAGACUAUGCUCAGCCGCAUGUGGGAGGUUUCUCAGGGCCGAUACGGUGCCCGAGCUAUGCGCGCUUGCUUGGAGAGCCACCACUCCACCAAGGAGCAGCAGCGGAUGCUGGCUGCCACGAUCGCUUUGCACAGCGUCCAGCUCGCCACCAACGCCAACGGCGCCCUCCUGUUGACCUGGUUCUUGGAUACCUGCACUUUCCCUCAGCGCAGGACUGUGCUAUCACCCCAGCUUGUGCCUUGCCUCGUACAUCUGUGCACUCACAAGGUCGCCUACCUCACCGUGCUCAAGGUUAUUAACCAAAAGGCCGAGCCUGAGGCGCGAGACACCAUUCUCAAGGCUUUGUUCUUCACCCCUAACGACCAAAUUCUCGAGGCGAUCCUGAGCGACCAUGCCUGCGGCGCCACCUUGAUCUUCAAGGUUCUCACCACGCCGUUCUUUGACGAGAGCAUUCGCAGCCAGGUGGUUGAGAACGUCAAGAACGUGUUGGUUCGCAUCAAGGCCCAGCCUGGCCAAGGUUACAAGCGUUUGAUGGACGAGGUUGGCCUGUCGACUCGCAACAGUGGUGGUGGCCGCGAUCACGGCCAUGGCAACAAUAGCAACUCUGGCAACAACAACAAUGAGCAGCGGCAGCGACCGGCCUCCCGCCAGGCCAACAUGAACAACCACCAGCAGCAGCAGGCCUCUCACAUGAGCAAGCAGCAGUACUAUAACACGUUGAGCCAGCCCGUCAACCCUUCCAACUACGAGUUGGGAUUCGGCGGUCAACGUAGUGAGCCUGCCGACGCGAGCAUGGCUCCCUUCCCUCCCUAUGGUGUUCAGAACCCGAUGUACAACCAGUCCAACUCUUCCAUGCCGACGCCUGCGAAUCUGCAGCAGCUCCAGUACCAGCAGAACAUGCUCAACCGUGCCACGCCCCCCAUCAACAACUUCUUCCCACCGAUGCAGGCAGGCUUCGGAGGGUACAGCAGCCCGAGCCCGUCUAUUGACCAGUACCGCAGCCAGAACUUGGCCAACGGAAGCCCCAUUCAGCCGCCGACUCAGCUGCCUCAGAUGCCUCCCGGCCAGGCACCGUACGCACCUCCUGGAUUUGGUAUGAACAUGGGCAUGUCGGGCUAUGGUGGCUACGGCAAUAUGGGUGGUAUGCAGAACAUGGCGUACAUGCAGCAGGAGCAAGUUAACGGAAGACGUGGCCGACGAUGAUUCAAACGCCACUUGUACAGACGAAUUGCUGGUCAGAGAGGGUCUGACUGGCUCAUGCCACUCUUUUUUCGCUUGGUAAGGGAUGGCUUGGUAUGGGAUCGGCACAGGAGUUUGGUGGAUCUGGAUCGUC